GCUCCGCCCCGUGCGCGCCGCCGGCUCCAGGUCAGGGCGAGCGAGCGGGUACACGGUAGCUGUCUUCAGACACAGCAGAAGGCAGCAUUGGAUCCCAUUACAGAUGGCUGUGAGCCGCCAUGUGGCUGCUGAGGAUUGAACUCAGGACCUCUGGAAGAGCAAUCAGUGCUCUUAACCGCUGAGCCGUCUCUCCAGCCCCGAAAUCUACAUUUUCGAGCUUUGUCUGUCAGGGACCCUUCGAGUUCUCAUUAACAUGGAGGAUGAGUUCUUUGGAGAAAAAAGCUUCCAGCAUUAUUGUGCAGAAUUCAUCAGACAUUCACAGCAGAUAGGCGAUGGCUGGGAAUGGAGAACAGCCAAGGAAUGUUCUGAUGGCUACAUGUGCAAAACACAGUUUCGAAUAAAGAAUGAGACCUUGACACCACAUGCCAGUGUGCUCACAUGUCUCCCUACAGAGGAGAAUUUAGAGCUACCAAUGGAUGAUUCUGAAGUGACGAGACCUGCAGCGGUGGCAGAAGUGAUUAAACAUGAGUAUCAUGUCUUAUACUCUUGUAGUUACCAAGUGCCGGUUCUUUACUUUAGGGCAAGCUUUUUAGAUGGGAGACCGUUAGCUCUGGAGGAUAUAUGGGAAGGUGUUCAUGAGUGCUAUAAGCCGAGGCUGCUCCAGGGACCGUGGGAUACCAUCACCCAGCAGGAACAUCCAAUACUUGGGCAACCAUUUUUUGUUCUACAUCCCUGCAAGACAAAUGAAUUCAUGACUGCUGUGCUAAAGAAUUCACAGAAAAUCAAUAGAAAUGUCAACUAUAUCACAUCAUGGCUGAGCCUCGUGGGGCCAGUGGUUGGUCUGAAUUUACCUCUGAGCUAUGCUAAAGCAACAUCACAAUCGGAGUGACUUGUUAACAAGCAAGAUCCGCUGAUCUUAGAAACUGCAGCAUGAAGAAUGCCAAGAGCUGUACAUGGAAAUGGGACUGCAAUAUCUCACAUCACCAAGAUUUGAUACAGAUUUCUUUCCUCAGAAAGAAGACAUCUGCAGAAGCCUGUUUGGAAUAGAACAUGUGUGGAAGAAACAUGUCACAGAUUCCGAUCACUAUAAAUAACAAGAAUGAACCUAGUUUGGUGAUGAUGUCAUUUCUGACGUCAUCAGGGCGUGCACAGGUCGUUUUUGCCUAGGCACAGUUCUCCUGCUGUGGAGAUUGAUGGGGAAGUGUAUUUGUGUGCUCGCUUUAGUGAACGAUGAAUGAAAAUUAAAAUGUAGAACUUGCCUGUUUCUGAAAAUUAAUGUAAUAAAUAUGACACAUCUUAAAUUAUUCUCCCACAGUCAAAUUCAGGAGCAAUGGAUUAUUUCUCUAUCACUCACCAAAAAAAAAAAAAAGUGUGUGUGUGUGUGUGUGUGUGUGUGUGUGUGUGUGUGCGCGUGUCUGUGGUGUGUAUGUUAACACACACAUAAAAAAUUAGAUGCAGAAUAAAGAAUAGCUGAUCAUUUUAAUAUAAUAAUUUGUUUUACAAGCUAAGUAUGGAAUGGUAACUACAGGUUUUUUAAAUAGCUAUAGAAAACAUUUAAGCAUUGCAAAUGCCUUUUUUUUUUUUAUAAAAAUAACACAAUCAUUUUCCUUCUUCCUGGGAGACCCACGACUGCUCUGUUGAAUUACUGCAGGCCUCUCUUCAUAGCCCUACAAUGUUCUGUGUAAUAUGAGAAUAACAAACUGUCUCAUAACGUUGCUGUGAGAACUAUAUGAAAUCAUUAACACACAAUUAUUGAAAAGUGUAUACAAAUACUAAUUAAAUACUCACCUGCUGCA